UUGUCAGUAGCCGUCACUAGUUCUAGACGUUCUGUCCGUCAUCCCGAACUCGUGCAGCGUGCUCAACGUCACUCUGAGCAUAGAAAGAGUUGAUUGAUUUAGAUAUAAUAAAAGUUCUCAUAGCAAAUUAGGAAAUGUUUUCUUCAAGCCUCUCUCUUCCUGGAAAACGUACGACCGGCAGUUCUGUUCGUACCCAAAAUGUUUUGGCUGCUAGUUCUAUCGCCAACAUCGUCAAAAGCUCUCUUGGGCCUGUUGGACUAGACAAAAUGUUGGUUGAUGAUGUUGGGGAUGUCACUAUUACUAACGAUGGUGCUACCAUCCUUAACCUGCUUGAGGUUCAACACCCCGCUGCAAAAGUAUUAGUUGAGCUUGCCCAGCUUCAAGACCAAGAAGUUGGAGAUGGCACAACCUCAGUGGUUAUUGUGGCUGCUGAAUUGCUGAAAAAUGCUGAUGAAUUAGUGAAACAGAAAAUCCAUCCUACCUCAGUCAUCAGUGGUUACCGCCUUGCUUGCAAGGAAGCUGUGAAGUACAUUCAAGAUACUUUGACCUUGAGUGUUGAAGAGCUUGGAAAGGACUGUUUGAUCAAUGCCGCCAAGACCUCUAUGUCGAGCAAGAUCAUCAGCGCCGACGCAAACUUCUUCGCCGCCAUGGUGGUUGACGCCGCCCAUGCUGUACGCGUCACUGACAACAAAGGCCAAGCUAUAUAUCCAAUCAAAGCGAUCAACGUCCUCAAGGCGCACGGCAAGAGUGCUCGAGAAAGCACACUUGUGACCGGGUACGCACUCAAUUGCACGGUUGCUUCCCAGGCAAUGGUUAAGAAGAUCACCAAUGCAAAGAUUGCCUGCCUUGAUUUCUCUCUUCAAAAGACAAAAAUGAAAAUGGGAGUUCAGGUUCUCGUCACAGAUCCCGAGAAACUCGAUGCUAUUCGUGCACGAGAGUCUGAUAUAACAAAGGAGCGAAUCCAGAAAAUCCUCAACGCCGGAGCCAACGUUAUUUUGGCUACUGGAGGCAUUGAUGAUUUGUGUCUCAAGUAUUUCGUGGAGGCAGGUGCUAUGGCAGUUCGUCGGUGCAAGAAAUCAGACUUGAAGCGCAUUGCCAAAGCUACCGGAGCCACUUUACUCUCGUCCAUGGCUAAUCUCGAAGGCGAAGAAAGUUUUGAAGCUUCUGCGGUGGGCGAGGCAGCCGAAGUUUCGACUGAGCGGAUCUGCGACGACGAACUCAUCGUCAUUAAGGGAACCAAAGCGCGCACAGCUGCUUCCAUUAUUCUGCGUGGUCCUAAUGACUUCUACUGCGACGAAAUGGAACGCUCGGUGCACGAUGCCCUUUGCGUCGUCAAACGCGUUCUAGAAUCCAAAACUCUAGUCGUCGGUGGCGGCGCUGUGGAGGUUGCACUCUCUAUUUAUUUGGAAAGCUUCGCUACAUCAUUGAGCUCUCGAGAACAGCUAGCGAUUGCAGAAUUCGCCCAUUCGCUAUUGGUCAUUCCCAAGACCUUAGCAGUCAACGCAGCCAAGGACGCGACUGAUCUCGUGGCUAAAAUGCGUUCUUACCAUCACUCAUCGCAGUCAAAGCCUGAGCACGCUAAUUUGAAAUGGAUCGGGUUGGACUUGAUGGAAGGUGCCGUUAGGGACAACCGACAAGCUGGUGUCUUUGAGCCUGCUGUUUCCAAGAUUAAGUCUCUGAAGUUUGCUACUGAAGCGGCUAUUACCAUUCUGCGUAUUGAUGAUAUGAUUAAGCUUGAUUCGGAAGACAAGAAUACGCAGAGCUACCAGAACGCUUACGAAUGCGGUCAACUAGACGGCUAAAGGAUUGAACAAAACUGACGUCGUUUUAAUCAGCUGUUCAUAGAGAACGCUGAGUUUAUGGAGUGAUUCCAAGCUUGAACAACAAAUUGAGUGGAACUUCUUUUUUGGCUUCAGUCCGCGCUAACUUUUCCUACGUCGCCUUGCAUAAAAAAUACACCCUCAACCAUUA